CCCCGCAUCAUCUCUCCAUCGUUUCCGCUUUUACACCUCUUUGCCCCUUCAUUGCAAUUUCGUUCACCUGCUCGUCUUUCGCACUUUCUCAACUGCAAUCAUUGCACCCGCAGGCAGGCCUGCCUGGGACAUCAAAAAACGAUGACCGCCAGUUCCAGCGGUGCUGCAGGUCCAUCGACUUCGACUUCGACGUCGACAUCACGCCCGCCUCUCACCGCCGCCACCACCUCCUCCUCUGCAUCAUCAUCAUCCCAGUCCCCACCCCAGACAAACGAGACAAAUGGCAAAAACGCCACCGCAAACGCCACCGCCAUCGCCAACGCUUCGGUGGACCCGCGCAAGCUGACCCCGUCGUGCUCUCGCUGUAGAGCCAAAAAGCUCAAGUGCGACACGCAGCAGCCCUGCUCCAACUGUAUCGCCAAGGGGCUCGAGGCGGAAUGUCGCAAGGAUCAGAGGAUACCGAGGGGGAGAAAACGACCCAGGCUGGACAAGACGACGGCGCAGGAGGAGAUGGCGCAGCUGAGGAAACGGUUGAAGGAGUUGGCCGAGUUGAUGCCCACUCUCAAGGAUGGCGCAGCUGGGGAGGGAGACGAUGAUGGCGAGGAUGCGACAACGGCAGCUGCAGCGGUGAAUGGUGACGGGAAGCGGCGAGACUCGCUACAGGAUUGGAUCGGCCCCUACGAUUCGGACGGCGCUCACAUCGACUGGUCUACAGGCCCAAUUAUGGCUCCAAACGGCAAUCGCGUCGAGCGUAACGGCAGGAACAUCAUCGACCCGGGCCUACGUUCCCGCAGCAGCAGCGAAGACGGCAGCGUCGUCGCACACGCAUCUGCGCCCUCGCUCGUGGAGCCUUGGAUGAUGGACGUCGUCCACCUCCACUGGGCCAAACCCGCCAACUUUCAAGCGCGCGUAGACCUCUCCCGUGAAGCAAAGUCCCUUUUAGCCUCCGUCGUCAUCAUCGAGGAGCUCAUAGACACCUACUUCUCGCGAUGCAAUCACCUCGUCGGCGGAAUCAUCUUCGAGCCACGGUUUCGCCGCCUGUCAGCCAUAAGCUACAAGUCCGACUUGACGACGGAGGCCAUCCUGACCAGCCCGCUCUACAUCGACCCGAGCUGCUGGGUGAUGCUAUUUAUGGUCCUCUCCAUCGGCCUCUGCUUCUACCCGUACCAUAGCGAUCAGCCCACACCCGCCUUCCACGCCGUAAAUGCCUUUCGCGCCCAAGAGGGGGAAGCGUGGACGGAGCGCCUCCACGACUUCUCGCGACGAUGCCUUGCUCUGGGGGAAAUACUUGAGCUCACCAGCGUACCGGCUCUUCAGUCUGCGCUGCUCGUUUGCUUCAGAGCGCGAGAGACGGACGGGUACACCAAGCAGCUGUACCGCCUCAUCAUCAGCUCGACGCAGAGUAUGGGAUUCCACAAGCUUGGCGAUUGGGCGUACUCCUCUGACAUGCGCGUCGAGGACGCAAGUCGAAAGGAGACGAUCACGCGGGUGUGGAGCCAUCUCUGCACGAGGGACUGGGCGUCCAUCAGUCGCGACGGCAUCAAUGUCAUCCACCCAGAGCAGAUGGACACGCGUCAGCCGUACAACAUGUCAAAUGCGCACAUCCUACUCCCUCAAGAACGUUGGAGCCGUCCCAGCAGCGAGUUUACCGAGAUGUCCUAUCCGAUCGCGAGCUUGUCCCUCUCCCGGCUCAUUCGCGAGGUCACAGAGUCCCGUGCAAGAGGUACGGCGUCCACGUCCAUGGCCGCCUCGCGCUACUAUGCGUGGGUGGACGCCCUUCCCGCCCCGCUAGCGUUGGGGUCAACGCUCAACAAGCCUGCCUCGCUCCCGAUCAUGCGCUGGAUGCUCUACACGCAAUGCUUCCACCAACUCCUCAAGCUCCUCCGCGGCGACCUCUCCUCACAGUCCACGCGCCGAUCCCUGCUGCCCAUUGCGACGAAACUCCUCGAGCUCUUCCCACGCGUAACGGCCGCCUGCCCAGUGAUGAGAGCCCUGUGGACCAACUGGUUCCACACGGUCAGCGCAAGCUUCGUCGUUGGCCUCGAGCUCAUCGAGGGAGAGGGCGGGAGAGAACAACAUCGCGCAGCAUCGCGUUCCCUCCUCUCAGCUGCGGGUGAUGUCCUCAUGCCCCUCUCCGAGAAGGGCGGUCUCUUCAUCCAGGCUCUCCUUGACUUCGAAGAGACCCGUCACGCCUCCCCUCCCUCAGCUCAGCCAGCGCUCGACGUCAACGAGCUCCACCUCAUCCUACUCCGCCACGCCGCGGCCCGGUUCAGCGGGCCCGCCUGGCUCUUCGGGGACCUGUCUCUCCCCCUCAAGGGGCAUGACUCCAUCCUCCCCGGUCUGGCAACGCCGCCCGCCGACGGCAAUCGACGCUGCGAGAUCGUCCGAGGAGAGGAUUGGGCGCGCAUCGCGCAGGAGAUGGCUGUGGAGCGUGGAGAGAGUUUGCGCAUCGCCAACACUGAUCAACACCAUGGUGCUGACGCAGCGGGGAGUGACUUGUUUGCCCAGGUGAUGCUGCGCGCCAAGCACGACGAAAUGACGGCUCAGGCCGCAAAAGGGUACUAUGCUGCGCCGCUGCCUCUGCCUCUGUCUAUGCCUCUGCCUCUGUCGGCGGGGCAUCACCAGCAACACCAUCAGCAAGACACGACGACGUCCUGGCCAGGGCCGGGAUCUUCCCCUGCGCAGCCCGCCCACAACACCUUUUUGUCCAAGUCGCCGAGCGAGACCAACUCCUCCGAGCAUCACCCGACGGCCUUUACGCCCACGUACGUAAAUUCUGCCCCUCUCCCUGCAGUAGGUGGAUCUGCUUCUUCGUCUUCCUCGUCGGGAAGAUCGCCGAGCGGCUGCGGGGGGUAUAAGUUCGUCAAGAGGGAGAUGCCACCACUCCCGUCCGCGAUGCCAACUUCGUCGUCGACGACGAUGACGAACGGGUACGAAGGUGGUGGCGGUGGUGGUGGUGGAGCGUAUGGCUACCCUUCGGCCCUUCCUGCGCCACAGUCGUACUACUCGCACUCACACUCGCACUCGCACUCGCACGGUCAACAUCCGCCUCCACCGCCUCCGCCCGCGCCUUCUCACUACGGCCCGCCUUCUUCAGGUGGACCGCACAUGACGCCUUUCUCUCCUUCGGAUGAGCAACCGCAUCAGCAUCAGCAUCAGCAUCAGCAUCAGCAUCAGCACCAUCAGCAUCAGCACCACCAGCACUUCGGCUCGUAUCAGGCAGGCCAUCCUUCCUCGCGAUAAGAAACCCUCAGUCCCGGUCGCAUAAUCUUGACCUUGGUUGUUCAUCUGUACUAUUUCUCGCUCCUUGUCACCCUCCUCGUACAUCCCCACUCACCGAGCAUCUAUUGUCCGUGCGGUUGUUGCUAGUAAUGACCCAAUCAAGCAAAGCGAUCCAAGCUCCAAGCCAAGCUGGCCCCGCACC